CGACAACGGACGCUCUUUCUGACUGAUCAUCAUGUUAGAAGUCGUAUUGUUUGUCAAUGUGUACCUCCUCGUUAUCACCGUUGUCCAAGGUGUUCCAAUGGAAGUUUACACAAAUGGAGCCAAUGGAGUGAUCAAAGACUUAAUCACUUUGGGAGUUGAUGCUAAAGAAUGUACAAGUAUUGUGUACGAGGUAAAGGCAUGCAAGGACCAUGGUCUCAGCCUCCUGGACACCAACGGUGCGGAACUCGUUGAGUUUGUGAUUGGUGGCUGGUUCAAUGAUAAAUCCAGACUAACUAUCAAGCCAACCAGUGUAAAGAACAACGCCCAUACUACUUCCAUCCUGCACUGUAACGAGUAUAGAUGGUUCUGGGCAUUUUGGGGCAAUGGAAGUAUUUCAUAUGGAAAAGGCAAAACGAUUGGAAUCAACAAAGUCUUCGAUGUCACCGACCCGACAGGUGUCUCUGUCAAACGAUUCGGCCUGAAGGGUUUCAAUAGUGAGCCUCAUCGAAUCCGUUUAGGAGAGACCUGCAGAGGAGGAUUUCUCAGUGUCUGUGGCAAGUGGACCAACGGUCUGAUUGAGGACAAGUUUAACACAGACUAUCUAGCCUGUGCCUGGAGAUGCUUUCUCCACGCUAAGUGUGGGAUGUUCAGCCACAGAGGAAGUCAAGAGAGAUGUGCAUUAUUCGACAGGACGACGUCAUCUUUCAGGCUGAUUUCCGACACCGACUGGAAAUCGUGGAAGAUGCUGUACUGUAAUGCUUAAAUUUAUCCAACAUCUUUGCUUAUUCUAGUGUAC